CCGCAAACCAAACAUUCCGCCUAAAGCCUGGAGUCAAGCUUAACCGACUCCAAAAUAGCACUGGCACCGGUGGUCGCACCUUUAAGGACGCAACCUUGAACCGACAAGCACCAUAUCAGCCUGCAGAGCCUCGCAUGAAGCUGGGCUGACCGUCCACCUGUCAAACCCCAUCCAUCCAACGGAAAAGAAGAACGGCAGAAGAGAUCCAGAUCCUCCCUAUCGUCAACCCCGUCGAUUCCGCACUUACUUAAUCGCUAUCGUUUUGACAGCGCGCCCCCCGCGCUUAUUCCACAACCCAAUGGCCAAGAAAGCCCGUCAGAGGAUAAGCUAUGUUCUACCUCUAGCGAAUUCGCCGGGCGGCCACAGGUUGGGUGUCAACAGUCUUGCCAUUGAUGGGCGCCAGGGUAUUCUAUACACGGCUGGCAGAGACGGUGUCAUCUGCUCAUGGAAUCUCGGUGUCGACCUUUCGGAAAAGCGACCACCGUCCGAAUACGUUCCUCGACCGACUCCUUUGCCGUAUUCGUUUCGCGACCAAAUUCAAGCGCACACGCAUUGGGUCAAUGACCUUGCGCUCUGCAACUCGAACGAAGUUGUUGUGUCCUGCUCUUCCGACCUUACGGUGAAGCUCUGGAGACCACAUUCCGCGACCAGUCAGCAGGCCGACACUAUCGGAGAACACAGCGACUAUGUCAAGUGUCUUGCGGCGCCGAAGGAACAUGGCGAAUGGGUAGCAAGUGGUGGACUCGACAGAAAGAUCAAGUUCUGGGACUUGAACGGAGGCGGAGAGCGGCUCCAGAUCGAUGUCGGGGACGAAGGCCAGAACCCGAAAGGUUCAAUCUACUCAUUGGGAAUUGGGGGAAACGUUCUCGCCAGUGGUGGGCCUGAAGGCGUGGUGCGGGUUUGGGAUCCACGGUCUGGAAAACGGAUCACAAAGUUUGUCGGCCACACGGACAAUGUCCGGUCAAUUUUGGUCAGUGAUCAGGGCAAUAUGGUUUUGACGGCGUCAUCCGACACGACCAUCAAGCUCUGGAGCAUGACCGCAGGACGGUGUCUGCACACCUUCAGCAUGCAUAACGACAGUGUGUGGUCCUUGCACUCUUCACACCCACGUCUGGAGGUCUUCCAUUCCAGCGAUCGCUCUGGCCUCGUUGCCAAAACGGAUGUCCGCAAUGUGGCCGAAAUCGAAGACGGGAUAUGCGUCGCUGUAUGCCAAGAGAAAGACGGUAUCAAUAAAGUCGUUGCAGCAGGUGAUUACUUGUGGGCGGCAACAUCCAGUUCCAGCAUCAACCGCUGGCUGGACGUCGAUACCGACCUGGACAUCGCCACAGAUAUCCGCAGGCCGCGGGUGGCUUCCUCUGCAAGCUCUCGUCCAAGGGUUCCUUUCUCUGCCCCUAGUAUUAGCGAAACUUCAGUCUCGCCACCAUCGCCUCCAACACGGAGUACGAUCCCGGUUGGCUCUCUUUUGCGCCUGUCAUCCUCAUCUUCCUUCCCAUCGAAUGUCCGCGAUCCAGAUGCUGUAACCGUUUACUCGGCAGCCAGCGUACGGCACGCGUCGAUGGCUGAGACUUUGCUCGAGGGUGAGGCGGGAGGCACAGUGCCCUACAAUGAAUCUCCAGACGAAACCAUCGAAGGCCAGCGGGGUCUCGUAAAGCACUUUUUGCUCAACGAUAGACGGCGGGUUUUGACUGUCGACACUGCUGGAGAGGUAGUGAUGUGGGACUUGCUGAAAUGUGUGCCUAUUAAAUCGUUCGGAGAAAGACACAUGGACGAUGUGGCCAUGGAGGUUAAUACCACAGACACCAUUGCGAACUGGUGUCAGCUUGAUACUCGUACGGGGAGGUUGGCAUGCGUAUUGGAGGAGAACUACUGCUUUGAUGCGGAGAUGUAUGUGGACGAGGCGGCCAUAGAGGAAAAGCUCGAGUUUAGAGACGAUCAGAGAAUCAACAUGGGCAAGUGGGUCUUGCGGUACCUAUUCAGCAACCUGAUCGACGAGGAAAUUCGGCGCGACGAAGACCACCGAAAGAUCCUCGAAUCAGAGCGCCAAAGCCGUGAGAAAUUACGAAAGGAGAAUGUAUUAACGCUCCCGCCUCCGACUUUCUCUAUGAUUGAGGCAGCCGGUAGUCCCCUAACAACCCCAACAGGGAAGGCGAAUCCCAGCGGAUACUCUCUUUUCCCCCAAACGCCAGGAAUGGGAAUUGGCGUUGCCACGCCCGCUCCCUUCAUUACGACUCCCUGGGACGAUGGUAACAGCAACAGGUCAGGCGAACGACAGAGUGGCGACUACUUCUCAUCAGGAGCCGGUGUUUUCCAGACAUCGGCAAAGAACGGUGGUACUACACCCGGAGGUGAUCUGGAUGACACCGUCCCCAUGUCGCCCUCAGCCGAGAAGGAAAAGGAAGACAAAGGUUCCCGCUUUAACGUCGGAGGUUGGCGUCCAUUCGCGGGCAAGAAAAUGGGUCGGUCCGCGUCGACAGACAUGGGCGGAUCCAAACCGCUGGCAACCACUGACGAAAGGCCACUGGAACAAACAGUCUUGGAGGAAAUUGACAAGCCGGAUAUCCUCGAGGAGACGCUGGGCGGUGUGAUAAGACGCAUCCGAACGAUGUACGAAAAUCAGGACCGAGAUGGAGAACAGGUCACCACGGCGAUUACUCCCAGUCUGCCGACUGAAACACCGGUAUUGAAGCCGCCACGAAACACUACUAUAAUAGUCCAAGAGGACAAACCGGAUUCUGGCGGCGUGGCGGAUCUAUACCGUGGAACGGUGGGUAGUCUGGGCGAGGAUGCGGACCUCCUGGAGAGGGUUGCCCCAGCGUGGCUCGGAGAAUUGAUCCUUCUCAACCGCAUCCCGUUCAAGGAAACCAUGAAGGUCAGUUUCGUGUUGGUUCCAUGGCAAGAUGAAUUACCAGUACUCCCUAGCGAGUCCGGAAGCGAAGGGAAGAAUGCCCGCCUAAACGCAAACCGCAUGCUCCGUGCCAAAAAGAUUAUGUCAUACGUGGCGGAGCAUCUCGCACCACCGUACAUGGCAUCCGGUUAUCUUCCCACCGUCGCCGAGGGAGAAGAACCCGCAAAACCAGAGGACUGGUUGGAGCUUCUUUGUCAUGAUCAGGUCGUCCCGCCUACUAUGUCACUGGCUACCAUGAGAACAUACGUGUGGAAGACGAGUGGGGAUGUGAUGCUUUACUACAGGCGGAAGGAUAGGCCGUCAGCUGCAGCUGCGCCCACGGAGACAAAUGGUGAUUCUUCUGCCCCGGCAGAAAACAGCGCUGGUGAGACCACUCCCACGCCCACGCCAUAUACGGGUACGGUUGUGUAGAUGAAUUUUAUAUGUUGAGCGGGUUGUUUAGCCAUUUGAGCUCUGGUUGAGGGGAAGGGGUGAGGAGGUGCGGAGGUUUAUAAGGUACAGUGCGGAAUGUGGAUGUUGGCUGUUUUACACUGUUUCUGUAUGUUUAUUCAUGUUGUUUGACCGUUUUUUGAUGUCAUUGUUUGUUGCAUUAGGCCUAGGAAUGGACGGCAGCUAGAGCGAAUGCUCCAGUUGGGUCGUUACUCCACAGUGGAGAUAACAUCGUGUAGAUCUUGG